AUGAGAAUCUUCAAAGAGUAUGGGGGAACAAAAGAGCUGACUGUGAACGUAGAACAAGGUCCCCUGUCUUUUGCUGUUCCGGUUUCAGACUUUCCCGAGGAAUUUGUGCUGGGUGCUGGUAAUAGUAUUAUACUAAUCAAUUGGAAUAGUGACAUAAAUGAAAAGAAUCCUGAACAUGUUGUAUUGGCCUCGGAGAAAUUUCCUCAGGGCAACAGAUGGGGUUAUGGAAAUGUCGAUCUUCAGGGCAGGUUAUGGAUCGCGACGACGAAUGAUUAUCCUUUGGCUUAUUUACACAAUUAUGGAAUUUUAUUUUCUUUAAAUAAUAAAUUGGUCCUUGAACAAAAACUUCAGAAUCUUUGUUCAAUAACUGGUGGAUUCGUAUGGGACCGUCCUAUGGAGGAAAAUAAGAGAAGGUCACCGCCUUUCAAAUUCUAUUACGCCGAUACUCCGAGAAAAGAAGUCGUUGUCUAUGAUUUUGCCACACGCAAUGGGGGACUGCCUAAAAACAGAAAAGAGCUUUUUAGCUUUAAACUUCAUGACACAGACGACCACCCUGGUCGUAUAGCAAUUGAUUCGAGAGGUUGGCUCUGGGUGCCACUUAUUGGAGGACAUAAAGUCAUUGAAUUUGAUCCAGUUCGGAGAAUGCCGGAUCGAGUUAUUGACAUACCCGCAGCGAAAGUCGGCGCAUGCACUUUCGGAGGGGCUUACUUGGAUAUCUUAUAUGUAUCAACAAUAGGAUACGAAUACAGAGAAUCUCAUCAACAUCGCCCACCUGGCGAUGAAGGUGGCCAUAUUUAUGCGAUCCACAACCUUGGCGUGACAGGAAGGCCGACAGAACCAUACUUAAUGAUUCUCACUGCUCUACCCGAAAACGUAAGAAGGGCUCGUGAACACUGGGCCCAGCUUAAUGGCAUGAUCAUUCCUCGUAUGAAAACUAAGUCAACCAAGUCCAAGCGCUCUGGUGGUGAGGGAAGUUCUAAUUCAUAA